AUCCAAAGGCUUCUACUAAUACGAGGCCUCUUGUGAUUCCACACAAUUGCAACCAAACAACAACUCUCUCCACUGCUCCCCUGCUGCUCCCCAUUUCUGUAGAUCUAUAGCUUUUAUCUCAUUCCAAAUGGCUACAAUCCAAUCCGUCAAGGCUAGGCAGAUCUUCGACAGCCGUGGAAAUCCCACCGUCGAGGUCGAUAUCGUGUUGUCUGAUGGAAGCUUGGCCAGAGCAGCUGUUCCGAGCGGUGCAUCUACUGGUAUUUACGAGGCACUUGAGUUGAGAGAUGGAGGAUCUGACUACCUCGGCAAAGGUGUUUCGAAGGCUGUUGAGAAUGUCAAUGCUAUUAUUGGCCCUGCAUUGGUUGGAAAGGACCCAACUGAGCAGGCUCAGAUUGACAACUACAUGGUUCAACAACUCGAUGGAACCGUUAACGAGUGGGGAUGGUGCAAGCAAAAGCUUGGUGCAAAUGCCAUACUCGCUGUGUCUCUUGCUCUCUGCAAAGCUGGUGCUAGCGUGAAGAAAAUUCCUCUGUACCAGCACAUCGCCAACCUUGCUGGUAACAGCCAGUUGGUUCUUCCCGUACCUGCAUUCAAUGUCAUUAAUGGAGGAUCGCAUGCAGGAAACAAGCUUGCAAUGCAGGAGUUCAUGAUUUUACCUAUUGGAGCUUCUUCAUUCAAAGAGGCCAUGAAGAUGGGAGUGGAAGUUUACCACCAUUUGAAGUCUGUCAUCAAGAAGAAGUAUGGCCAGGAUGCAACAAAUGUUGGUGAUGAAGGUGGAUUCGCUCCUAACAUUCAGGAAAACAAGGAAGGUCUUGAAUUGCUCAAAACUGCCAUUGCCAAAGCUGGUUAUACUAGCCAGGUUGUUAUUGGAAUGGAUGUUGCUGCAUCUGAAUUUUACGGAUCAGACAAGACCUAUGAUUUGAACUUCAAAGAGGAGAACAAUGAUGGGUCACAGAAGAUUUCAGGAGAUGCUCUCAAGGACCUCUACAAGUCCUUUGCCUCCGAAUAUCCUAUUGUGUCUAUCGAAGAUCCAUUUGACCAAGAUGACUGGGAGCACUACGCAAAGAUGACCAGCGAAAUUGGAGACAAAGUACAAAUUGUGGGAGACGAUCUCUUGGUCACCAACCCCAAGAGAGUGGAGAAGGCAAUCAAGGAAAAGACUUGCAAUGCCCUUCUUCUCAAGGUUAACCAAAUUGGAUCUGUCACGGAGAGUAUUGAGGCUGUGAAAAUGUCCAAACGUGCUGGUUGGGGAGUAAUGGCCAGCCACCGAAGUGGAGAGACAGAGGAUACAUUCAUUGCUGAUCUCUCUGUUGGCUUGGCAACGGGCCAAAUCAAAACUGGUGCUCCAUGCAGAUCAGAACGUCUUGCUAAGUACAACCAGCUGUUGCGUAUCGAAGAGGAGCUCGGCUCAGCAGCAGUCUAUGCUGGAGUUAAUUUCCGCAAGCCUGUUGCACCGUACUAGGUCAUACUGGACCAGAGGAGCGGCGAAGAUUUUCAAUCCAUCUCAGUAAUGCAGUGAAUAAGUGUUGCGAGACUGGUUGUUUUGUCGAAUUCAGAGAUCCCUUUUUUCCCUUAAUAAUUUCAGAAAGGUUUUGUUCUGAGAGGUUGAACAAUAGUUUCGAGAAGUUUUAGUAGGAAGACAUGAUAUUGAUAUAUGUCUGAUCCGAUCCAUCGUAGUUGCAUAGACCUAAUUUUUAAUGAAUGAAUGAGUGCCUUUUCAAAUCUUA